AUGCGUUUAAAACACCUCAAACCAUCUGCGGCCCUUAUUGCGACCCUUCUCGUCGCUCCCGAACUAUCCUCAGCUUUCUACCUUCCUGGUGUUGCGCCGACAUCAUACUCACCCGGCGCCAAAGUUCCCUUAUACGUGAACCGACUUACACCUGUCGGUUCUUAUGAUGAUGGCCAAUUGAGAUCAGUAGUAUCUUUCGACUACUAUCACCCGGCUUUCCAUUUUUGUAGACCAGAUCCAAAACCAGAAUAUGUCUCGGAAAGUUUGGGCAGUAUUCUUUUCGGUGAUCGCAUCAUGACUUCGCCCUUUAACCUGAAGAUGGGAGUCAACGAGACGUGUACACAACUUUGCGAAGAGAAGAAGUUUGAUCAAAGCUCGGCACAUUUUGUAAACAGAAGGAUACAACAGGGGUUUGCGAUGAAUUGGUUGGUUGAUGGUUUACCAGCAGGACAAUUGAUUGAGGAUGAAAUCACACAAACGAGGUUCUAUAGUCAAGGAUUCGCAUUGGGGAGUAGCGAUCAGAAGGAUAUGCACUUGAACAAUCACUAUGAUAUUUUUAUCGACUAUCACGAGGUAUCUGCUGGUCAAAUGAGAGUUGUUGGUGUUAUUGUUCAACCUUCAUCGAGGACAAUGAAUGAAAAUCCAGGGAUCCAGAAUGCGGUGCUGGUGGACCACAAGUGUGUCUGGUGGCAACCUUCAACAACGGCUUGGGCUACCAGAUGGGACAAAUACCUUCAUGUUUUUGAUCCAAAGAUUCAUUGGUUCUCUCUGAUCAACUCGGCCGUCAUUGUGGUAUUUCUCGUCAUCACAGUCCUCUCAAUUCUCAUGCGAACUUUGAGAAAAGAUAUUCAAAGAUAUAACAGACUCGAUUCGAUCAACCUUGAUGACUUAUCAGGAACAUCUGCUGCUAUCGAAGACGGAGUUCAAGAAGACUCCGGAUGGAAAUUGGUACAUGGAGAUGUAUUCCGUACACCAGGACGUCCCUUGAUUUUGAGUGUAUUUCUCGGCAACGGAGCUCAAUUGUUUGUUAUGACGGGCUUUACAAUUGCAUUUGCGCUUUUGGGGUUUCUUUCACCAUCCAAUCGUGGAUCUCUUGGCACUAUCAUGAUCCUUCUGUAUACUGUACUCGGUUUUAUCGGAGGAUAUGCCUCAGCCCGUGUAUACAAGUCUUUCGGUGGUGAACAAUGGAAGCUCAACAUUGCCUUGACUCCAACUCUCGUCCCGGGUAUUGUCUUUAGCACAUUUUUCCUUCUCAACCUCUUUCUUUGGGCCAAAGAGUCUUCUGGAGCAGUACCAUUCACAACAAUGCUCGUCAUCGUUGCUAUAUGGUUCUUCUUCUCCUUACCUCUAUCAUUUGCCGGAAGUUGGGUUGGGUUCCGUCAACCACCUAUCGCAUCUCCAGUCCGUACCAACCAAAUACCACGUCAAAUUCCUCCUUCUACAUCGUACAUGCGUCCAAUUCCAUCCAUGCUUCUUGUAGGUAUCUUACCAUUUGGAGCAAUCUUUGUUGAACUUUACUUUAUCAUGUCCUCCAUUUGGUUUUCAAAGGUUUACUACAUGUUCGGCUUCCUGUUUUUAUGUUACGGUCUCAUGAUCAUCACAUGUGCCGCUGUUACUGUUCUUAUGAUAUAUUUCUUGCUUUGUAGCGAGAAUUACCACUGGCAUUGGAGAGCAUUCAUGACGGCCGGUGCUAGCGCCGGUUAUGUGUUUGCAAAUGCCAUGAUCUACUGGGUGACAAAACUGCAACUUGGUGGCUUGGCGGGUAGUGUACUUUACAUUGGGUAUAGUGCAUUAAUCUCGUUUUUGUUUUUCAUCCUUACUGGUUCAAUCGGAUAUUUUGCUUGUUGGGCUUUUGUCCAGAAGAUUUAUGGAUCUAUUAAAAUCGAUUAG